GUUUUGGAAAACUAGUUACCACACUGGGCAUAGGAAUUUAUAAUAGAAAACAUUGACAGGAAGUAAUGCAAAUGUUCAGCGUACUCAUAUUCUAUCGGCGCACUGUAGUUCCUCAGGCGGCCGCCGUCACCAAUGUUAGUUUGAAGUUUGCCUUCCGAAGCCAGCUGCAAACAUUACAUCACUGACAGAGCCCAGGGACCCGGAUUCACUCACAACUUUCAGGAAUGGCUCGGCUCAAGUUUUAACAGGAAAUGUCUGACCCUUCAACUGGCCGGAGCCGAGCUGACGGUGAGUAGUAACCGAGGCUGACAGCCGUGACUCUGGCCGCUGACACUCAGCUGGAACCAAACAAGAACUUUCAGCCUCUUGUCAGAUCCAUUCUAGGUGUGGCUUCUCAAAGAGCGUCUGCGGAAGUCUCCCGCUACAGAUGUAGGCACGGCUCGGUGAAUUUCAACAGUUUAUUUUUCUCUCCAGCUGCGGGGGAUAGAAAGAUUUGAUUUUGAAAGGUUAUCCAGCACCUUCACUGAAUACAGAAGAUGCCUCCUCCUCCCCCACCUGGUCCUCCUCCUCCUCCAACAUUUUCAGUGGCAAAUACAGAUAAACCCUCGCUAAACAAAUCUGAGCAGGUAGGAAGAAAUGCUCUUUUGUCAGACAUAUGCAGCAGGCCAAAAAAGUUGAAGAAAACUGUUACCAAUGAUAGGAGUGCACCAGUCGUUAUUGCACCUAAAGGACCUGGUGGAGGUGGUGGAGGAGGUGGUGGUGGGGGCGGGGGUGGUGGAGGUGGACCUGCUAGUUUAGGUGGAUUAUUUGCAGCAGGAAUGCCAAAGCUUAGGUCUUCAGGAAGCCGAGAGAGCUCGGAUUCUGGUGGAAGCAGACCACCAAUUAUGCCGCCUGGUGGAAGAUCAGCUGGUCCCCGACCAUUUGCAAUAAACAAUGCUCCGCCAAGGAUUCCUGGGUCAUCUCCUUUCCAAAGGGGUAAUAACCCUGAGCUACCAAGAAAUAAAUUGCAGCCACCAAAUCAACCAAAAUUUCCAAGGCCAGAUAUAGGUUCAAAGCCUGAUGCAGGACCACCACCUUUACCAAAUGCACCACGACCAUCAGCCUCAAGUAUGCAGAACAGGGGUCCUCCACCUGUACCAGGAAAUCGAACACCAAACGCAGGACCUUCGCUACCAAAUCGCAGUCAAGGAUCUUCUCGUCAUUUCUCUCCAACUCUUCCACAUAGCAGUGCAAAUAGAUCUUUCCUGCCUCCCACUCCAAGCAGAGUUGCUGAAGACAAACCUUCACCACCAGCUCCCAGUACAAACAGACCUCCACUGCCUCCUACUCCUGUUAGGAUGACAGAUGAUAGACCUCCACCACCUCCAAUGACAAGUAGACCCUCAACUAAUAGGGACGGCCCUCCACUUCCACCACCACAACAUCAGAAACCACCUGUCCCUCAAACACCUAGGCCAAUUCCCUCUUUCCAAGCUCCUCCUCCACCACCACCUAAUCGACCAGGACCACCUCCCACUCAUCCAAGCACUGCUCCAGAUGUUGAAAUUCCAAAGCUCCCUCAACGGAAUUUGUCUCUCCACAGCACUUCUUCAUCAGCAUCACCUGGACCAGUUCGAAGUGGUCCUCUUCCUCCCAAUGAAAGACCUCCACCACCUGUAAGAGACCCCCCAAGCAGAUCAGGGCCUCUUCCACCACCACCUCCAGCUAGCAGAAAUGGUAGUACCCAGAAAGCACCACCUGUCCCACAGCCCCCAAAUAGAAUGGGUUCAGACACGAGGAGUGGCUUCAGACCCCCACUUCCUCCUGACCGAGGAAGUCCUGUUGCCCCACCGCCCCCACCAACGUCAAUGAGGAAUGGCUUUCAGGAGUCCUCGCAGUCAGUGUGUGAAGAUGAGUGGGAAGGCAGAUUUUCUUUCCAUUCCAUCUCUGAGUUUCCACCACCGGAACCGUAUGUAAACUUCCCAAAAACUUAUCCUAGUAAACAGAGCAAGGCAGAGAGCAGAGAUUCAGGCCGGAGAGAACGAGGUGCUCCACCCCUUCCACCAAUUCCACCUAUACCAAGGUGAAAACCGACCUGGCUAUUGAAAGCUCAUGGAAAGCCAUUCUACUCUUAGAUCACCUUGCAUGCUUUAACUGCAGACUUGCUACAGGGAUGUUGAAUUUGCCUCUAUCAGCAUCAGUUAUUUUCAGCUGUAGAAAUGCUGGCUAUCUGGCAUUUUGUCUAUGUGAUGCUUACAGCAUCUAGAAAUUAAAAAGUAAUUUCUCCUUUGCAUUUUUUGACUGCUUUAAUGUAAAACAUGCUAACUUGUUUACAAUAUUAUGGACCAGAAUAAAUACAUGUAUUUUGCAAGAAUAUUUCUUUAAUCUAGUUCAUUUUAUACAGUAGGAGUAUCAUUUGGGUGCUCAAUGUAUAAUUGAUGUCUUCUAAUAAAAAUAGGCACUUUGGCUUAAAUAUUGAAUAUCCUUAAAGUUAUGUUAUCAAAUCAAAUUUAAAUAAAGAGCAGAAUUGCAUUUU